AUGACGCUGGCUGCGCCAGACAACGAGCCCAGGGUGUUCGUCGCAGCUGCGGCCACGAGGCGCGACAAACAGUCUCCCUUCGAAUCCCCCGGCAAACCCUCUGCAUUCGUACCCCUACGAAACCUCCAGCCUGCGCUGAAAAGCGGGACCCCCGCUAUAACUCGCAAGCUUCCACCCUCCCUGGUUCUGCCAGCCCCGGAUCCGCAGACCGCCCGCGUUGCACCGGACGACGAGAGAAAACUGAAGUUCGGAUCCAGCAACUUCGACACUUUUGCUCCCGAACACCUCUCAACUGGUGCAACCGAGGUGGUCGUCGCCGAUUGA